UUUGUUUCUCGCAAACAAUAAUUCUUCAAUUAAUAACUGCUACUACACACACUGCCUACCGCAGCAUGGUAAAAUGGCCUACCCUACUGUUCAUGAAGAACGUGAAUUGAGUCGCGUCCUUGAAAGUACACAUCACGACCAAGAAGAAGGCUCUGAAGAUCCAAUACAAAGGCCGCAAACACUGCCCCCAGCUGACCAUGGCCGCGCCGCCUAUCUUGCUCUUGCAUGUUGCACCAUUGCACAAGCUCCAAUUUGGGGAUACUCUGUCUCCUUUGGCAUCUUUCAAGAAUACUAUAGCGAUCCCAUGCACGGCAUAGAUGCUUCUCCCGGGGCCAUAGCCACUGUGGGGUCUAUGCAAAUGGGCAUCAUGUAUCUCAUGAUGCCUGUCAUAUUCAUGAUAUUGAACAAAUAUCCGCAUCUCCGGCGUUGGUGUGGCCCUGCCGGACUUUUGAUCACAAUGGCAAGCUUGUCUGCUUCUGCUUUCGUCAACACCAUCGUGGGUUUGAUCGCCACCCAAGGCGCACUCUACUCAAUUGGCUGUGGGCUUCUCUUCAGCCCCAUCUCUCUGUAUAUGGACGAGUGGUUCAUUCAACGAAAGGGACUCGCCUACGGAAUCAUGUGGUCGGGCAAAUCAUCAGUUGGUGUCGCCAUGCCUUUCGUCUUCAGCAGCUUGCUACGCCGCUUUGGUCUUCGCGCAACGAUUCUUUCGUGGACCAUAGCUUCUGCCAUUAUGAUAUUACCAACGCUCUUCUUUCUCAGUCCCCGUAUUCCACUGUCUUCUACGACCCGUUCCCGACCUCUCUCGUUUGCGUUUCUCCGGCAUACAUCGUUUUGGAUGAUGCAAAUUGGAAUCAUCAUUCAAUCUCUCGGCUAUCUCAUGCCAAGCACGUAUCUAGCCAGCUACGCCUCCGCCAUUGGUCUUUCUUCAGUAACGGGUCCCAUUCUACUUGCAUUAUUUUCUACGGCAUCGGUGCCUGGAUCAUUGGUUCAUGGCUGGUUGGGAGAUAAGCUUUCAGCGACCAAAGUGAUCCUCCUUUCAUCCUUUGGAAGUGCCCUCCCUGUUUUCCUUCUCUGGGGACUUGGCCAUCAACUUAGUACCAUGGUUGUUUUCGUCGUCCUUUAUGGCUUCUUUGCUGGAGGGUUCAGUUCUACCUGGUCUAGUAUGUUGCACGAGAUCAAGCGAGAAGAUGGAGCUGCAGAAUCCUCCCUUAUCUUCGGUCUUCUUUUGGGAGGUCGGGGACUCGGAUAUAUCCUUGGUGGGCCAAUCAGCGGCUCACUUUUGUCUAUCAAGGGGGCUAUUGCAGAGGAACCGUUGGGUUAUGCCACCAAGUACGGUCCCAUGAUUCUCUGCACCGGUAUUACUGCCGUCAUGGGAGCCUGGGCUCCUUUGUGGAAGGGGGCGAGGAUCGUGAGUAAAGAGGGACUUACAACUUGCUCUCAUUUAUUCACGACAGACUAAAGGGUAAGAGGACUAUGCAAUGUUAUCGCAAAGACAUAUGUGCACUAGCACCACUGGCUUCAUGAGCCGUAAAAAAGGUAAAGGUAAUGGUGGUACACAGAGUUGGCUAGCGCAUCCUUGUGACGAGUUUUCUUCUUCUAUUUCGCCGUUUUCUCGUCUAUCUCGACACACGCCCAAGCAUCUGACUCGGGUAGAUUCAUGCGGUUACUACUUAUAAGUGCUAUUAGCUACAGAAGCCCUUUUUAGGGUUUUGCGAAAAAAGACAUCGUUCGUUCACUGUACCUCUAAUUCCGGGUCUCAGCUCCAUCAACAGGGUGGCUUGACUACAGAGCCUUGUUUAGCAAGGCAACAACAGAUUCCAGAACAGUUAUAUCUGUAUUUAACGUCAUUCACUUUAUCGAUAUCUAGUUUUAUC